UUUGGCGUCUGGGCGAGGUCGAGUCCUAAGAAUGAUGAACUCUUAAAGAAAUCGUUCUUCCUGAAAUGCCAAUUGGAUAUGCAAAGAGCUUUCGACAAGAGAUCCAUAGGCCUCAACAGAUUCUUUAAUCUCGUCAGAACUCUUCGAACAGCAGUUCCAUCUCGAUCUCACAUCACUGGUAUUUGUCUCCAUCACGACAGCUACGUCCUUCCCCUCAUCGAAGAAAGUAUCUCAGAAGAGACUUUCAGUUCUUACGUUUCUCUCAUUCGUCGAUGUACCGAGCGAAAAUGUGUCACGGGAAUCAGAAAAAUCCAACUCUACAUGAUCAAGUCUGGUUUUCCUCACCUAAGUUUAGGCAAUAAGCUCAUCGAUGCAUACCUCAAGUGCGAAGAUGUAGAUAAUGCCCGUAAACUGUUCGAUGAGAUGCCUCAUCGGCACAUUGUAAACUGGAAUGCCAUGAUUUCUGCUUACGUUCGUCUUAGAAGAAGCAGAGAAGCUGUACGACUUUACGGAAGGAUGGUUGUCGAGGGAGUUAUUGCCGAUGAAUUUACCUUCUCCAGCUCUCUUAAAGCUUUCUCUGAUUUGGGUUUUCUGAGUGAAGGCCGGAAAGCUCACGCGCGAUUGGUGGUCUCAGGAUUGGAGCUCUCGAAUGUCUUUGUUGGUAGUGCCCUUGUGGAUAUGUAUGCUAAGUUUGGAAGAUUGAGGGAUGCCCGCUUAGUGGCAGAUCGCGUUGUGGACAAAGAUGUAGUUCUGGUGACAGCUUUGAUUGUGGGUUACACCCAACAUGGUGAAGAUGAUGAGGCUCUUGACGUUUUCGGUAGUAUGGUGAAGGAGGGUAUUAAGGCCAAUGAGUUCACUUUUGCCAGCAUCUUGAUUGCUUGUGGGAAUUUACGGGAUCUGUGUAGAGGGAAGUUGAUACAUGGUCUUGUUAUCAAAUCUGGAUUUGAAUCUGCGGUUGCUUCACGGACUUCACUCCUCACUAUGUAUUCGAAGUAUGGCUUGGUUGAUGAUGCUUUAAAAAUUUUUGAUCGGUUCGACAAUGCAAAUAAGGUGAGCUGGACAGCGGUUAUAAUGGGUCUUGUGCAAAAUGGUAGAGAAGAGUCUGCACUGUCUAUGCUAUGCCAGAUGAUCCGUCAUGCAAUGGUUCCAAAUGCUUUCACCUUAUCUACUGUUCUCCGGGCUUGUUCGAGCCUUGCGAUGCUUGAACAAGGGAAACAAAUUCAUGCCCUAGCUAUGAAAAUUGGAUUUGAUAGAGACAAGUUCACAGGUGCUGCACUCAUCGACAUGUAUGGGAAAUGUGGGAGCAUUGAAACAGCGAGGUUGAUAUUUGAUGAUCUAGUUGAGCUUGAUGUGGUACUUGUGAACUCCAUGGUCAAUAGUUAUGGGCAGAGUGGUUAUGGACAUGAAGCGGUGAAACUAUUCCAUCGGAUGCCAGAUUUGGGAAUUGAGCCAAAUGAUGUAACAUUCCUAAAUGUGCUCUAUGCGUGUAGCAAUGCAGGUUUGCUUGAAGAAGGUCGUCAAAUCUUCUCUUCCAUCAGCAGUAACCCUAACGUUGAAAUGUCAAGAGAUCACUAUGCAUGCAUGGUUGAUCUAUUGGGACGUGCCGGAAAACUUGAAGAUGCUGAAAAGCUAAUCUCCCAAGUUAAGAACCCUGAUGUAGUUCUAUGGAGGACAUUGCUCAGUGCUUGUAGGAUUCAUGGGGAAGUUGAGAUGGCAAGAAGAGUUGCAAAUAGUGUUCUUCAACUGGAACCAUGGGAUGAGGGGACUCACAUCCUGUUGUCUAACAUCUAUGCAACAACUGGUAAUUGGAGCGAAGUGAUUAAAAUGAAAAGCACAAUGAGAGAGAUGAGAUUGAGAAAGAUUCCAGCCAUGAGCUGGGUUGAGGUUGGCAAGGAAGUACAUACGUUCAUGGCUGGAGAUUGGUCCCAUCCUAAGUCCCAAGCGAUCUAUGUAAUGUUGAAGGAAUUGAUCGAGAAGGUUAUGAAUUUGGGUUAUGUUCCUGAUACAAGUUUCGUGUUGCAAGACAUGAAUGAGGAGGAGAAGGAGAAGUCUCUGUAUCAUCAUAGUGAGAAGCUGGCAAUAGCCUUUGCAUUGUUGAGCAGCAGCAACGGCACAGAUUGUGUGAGGAUUUUCAAAAACCUUAGGGUCUGUGGGGAUUGCCAUACUUGGAUUAAGUUUGUCACUAAGGUUGUUGGGAAAGAGAUAAUUGCUCGUGAUGCAAAGAGAUUUCACCAUUUUAGAGAUGGCCUAUGUUCUUGUGGAGAUUAUUGGUGAUUUCCAUUUUGAGGGAUGAUUUGAUCAUUGGACAUUGCGGUAGUGUUCGUGCCCACAUGGAACUGGUGCAUAGCGUUCAAGGAUGGUGAGAGCUAGCAACCAAUAAUCUCCUUUUCUACCAUUUCUUGUUUACCUCUUUA